GUCUCGUUUGUAGUGUAGUUCGCCAUGGAGGCGGCUCGUAAAGCACUGGCUGUAGUUGCAGUGCUAGGCGCGGGAGCUGGCGUGGGUUCUAUUCUGUUUGCUUUAGUGACCCCAGGAGAACUACAGAAGCAGUUAAUGCUGCAGGAGAUGCCGGAAAGGGACUCGCGGCGCAGGGACGAAGCAGUCAGGACCAAGGAACUGGUGAUGGCUACCCUGAAGGACGCCGCAGCCACGAAGGAGAACGUGGCCUGGAGGAGGAACUGGACAGUUAGAGGCAACGGCAGGCAGGUCAGCAUGACACCAGAGCUUGCCCAUGGUCGUGGGAAUCUGUAAGGCACCUUUCUUGGUGCUCCGGACAUGAAGUCGGGAUUCAGGAGACAUACCAGGACUCUCUCCAAGGCACAGGGAGCUGCGGUUGGGGGAAUGCAUUUAAUGAGCACAUCGAGUGACAGGGUCGGAUGUGUGGAACCAAAGGAAUUAAUAAAUGCAGUUUACCCAUUAA